AUGGUUCUAUAUGUAAUUUCUCUAGUCAGUAUCAUCAUCGCCACCAUCAUGCUAUAUCAAAGGUGGUGGAGAUCCAACAUACCUCCGGGACCAAAGCCACGGUUUCUGAUCGGAAACCUUCAUCAAAUGAAACCACAUUGGACUCAUUCUUUCAUCGAGUGGUCAAAGACUUAUGGUCCAAUCAUAUCGGUGUGGAUGGGCACACAACUCAUUGUCGUCGUCUCGAGCUCUGAUUUAGCCAGACAAGUCUUGAGAGACAAAGACCAUCAGUUGUCUAACCGACAACGCAUCGCAAGGAUGACUCAGUCCGGCAACGAUCUUGUUUGGUCCGAUUACAGUCCACAUUAUGUGAAACUAAGGAAACUCUGCACACUCGAGCUUUUCUCUUUGAAGAGCAUUGAGAAUUUCAGGUCGUUGAGAGAGAUGGAAGUAAGAUCAAUGGUUGAGUCUAUUCUCAAAGACUUGAUGAUCGAUUCAAGCAAUGAUCAGACGCGAAAACCGCUAGUUGUGAGGAAGUAUGUAGCUAAGGUUGUUUUGAACACAAUCUCAAGAUUAAUGAUCGGUAAAGAGUUCGAGUCAGAGGAAGGCAAAGAGUUUAAAUCGAUUGUCGAAAAAGAACACCUUCUCAGUGGUUCAGGGACGUUCUUCGAUCACGUCUGGUGGCUCAAAUGGUUAUCGUCAUGGUUCAUCAGCGACAAGGAGUUCUUGGCGCACAAGGAACGGAGAACAAAGUGGUUUAGAGGAGCUAUAAUGGAGGAAGAGGACGUAGCGGUAGAGGAUCAUAAUGGUUUCGUUCGGAACCUGUUGGUGUUGAAAGAGAAGAAAGAGCUGAGUGAAGAGACGGUCCAUGGAUUGAUAUGGAACAUGUUAACCGCAGGAUCAGACACAACAGCGGUUGUCAUCGAAUGGGCCAUGGCAGAGAUGAUCAAAUGCCCUGACGUGCAAGAGAAAGCGCAACAGGAGCUUGAUUCAGUGGUUGGAUCCGAACGGUUGAUGAGUGAAUCAGAUAUACCGAAGCUCCAUUAUCUGCAGUGCGUGGUUAAAGAAGCUUUGAGGCUUCACCCUUCAACACCACUAAUGCUUCCGCAUAAAGCAAGCGAAACGGUUUGGUUAGGUGGGUAUAAGGUUCCUAAAGGAGCCACGGUUUAUGUCCACGUGAAGGAGAUUGGGAGAGAUCCAGUAAACUGGAGAGACCCGGAAGAGUUUAGACCAGAGAGGUUUCUCCAGGAGGAAACCGAUGUCAAAGGUCGAGACUUUAGAGUUCUUCCGUUUGGAUCGGGAAGACGGGUUUGUCCAGCUGCACAGCUCAGCAUGAACUUGAUGGCAUUGGUGAUGGGGAACUUGUUGCAAUGCUUCUCUUGGAGCUCCCCUGUUCCUGGGGAGAGAAUUGACAUGAGCGAGAAUCCUGGGCUACUUUGUAGCAUGAAGACUCCAGUGCAGGCUCUAGCUUCGCCGAGAGCUGCCACAAGAGUUAUACCUUAUAACUUGUGAUUGAAAUAGAUAAAUAAUCAGACAUAUAUAUAAGACCAUGAUGAC